AUGCAGCUUUUACCAUAUCUUUUAACCACAGGCCUAAUUGGUCAGGCCAUGGCCGUGAACAUGAGCAGUCGCUUCACAGUUUCGUCCACUUGUUCGACCUCCAAGGUUAAUGACAUGUUAACGGAAACAAUCGACAUGGUAAACAAUGCCAUUCAAGGAAUUGACACCCUUCUCAAUGCUGGAGUCAAAUUCAACCCCAAUGUCGCUUCCAAUGCCAUCAAAUCUCUUACGAAGGCUGCUACCACUGCUUGGGGAGUCUCGGAGCCUAAGUGGUGGUCAUCUUCAUUAAGUGCAGCUGAUACUACUCAACUGAAAGCAGCGCAAUCAAAUUACCAAAGACUUUACGCAGCUUUGAAUUCCGGUAAAGGAAUGACCGCAAGCGAGAACACAUUAUUUUGUGACGACUCAACAUUAAAAUGGACUACUAAAGCAAUCGAUAUCUUUCCCGAUGGCGGAACCAUGACGACUGUAGAGUACUGGCUAUGGAAAGAUCCAGACAACAAACGUGGUAAGAACUACAACUUCAUGAUCGAUGAGUACAACGGAGGUCAAAUGUGUGGGCCAAAGUCUGCUGAAGCCAUCACAUACUGGCAAACUCAAAACAUGUUCAUGUGUCCCGAGGCAUUCAAUACUGCCCACUAUAAGACAAGCUUGAAAAGCAUGAGGUCUUCGACAGAUGAAGUCGAAGUUGAAUGGGAUAAUGUUCGAUCACUUUCGGGAAUUUUCUUACAUGAAAUGAUGUAUUUCCUUGACUUGAGCCCACAUGUUGUUGAUCAGAAGGUUUUUGGUGAUAAAGGAACACAAAUGGCAGCAUAUGGUAUGAUUGCAGUCUGGAUGUUGGGUGGUAAAGCUGGAGAAGAAACUGUAGAUAGGUCGAAGGCCUUGACGAAUGCUGAUUCUUAUAAUGUUUUUGCAACUAUGGCAUAUCUUCAGUCGGCAGAAUACGAAAUGGAAAAUGCAAGACUGUCUGAGCGGGGCGAAGAAAUCGAAGAGGAAAGGCAGGAGCUUGAAGAGCAAAUUCAGGAGCUUGAAGAUCAGAGAUUGGAGAAUAUCGAAGAGAGCGAGGAGCAAAAGCAAGAGCUUGAAGAGAGAAUAGAAUAUAUCGAAGAAAUUGAAGAACAGAAAGGGGAGUUAGAGAGCAGAGUCGAGCAUCUCCAGGAAGUUGUUUGGGAGCAUGGACUCGAAGGAGACUGCGCUUAUAGAUGGUCGGAUACGUUAAAAGAACAGUUGGCGACGGCGUUUCGAGAUCGACGUUCGAAUUGUUAUGCCAAAGUGAGGGCACUAAUUGUUCGAUGGGCUUCGGAUGAUUUGGAUCUUUUUCAAGAGGUUGAUGAUCUGGCAAGCGUCUUCGAGCAUUCCUACCACUUCAAGGUGGCGAAAUUCAUCAUACCUGAUCUUCAUCCCGCAAAUGCAUUAUUAAGCCGCGUGUUGAAGUUCAUAGGAGAUAAUUCUCCGGACACUCUCCUCAUUUUCUCGUACAAUGGUCACCGUGGCUUCCAUGAUACGAGGAAUGACCAUAUCUGGCAUGCAACUAGAGAGCAUGGAGGCCCUUGUAUGCCUUCUAGUGGUAUCCAAACUCUUCUUGAGGAGUCUAGAUCAGAUGCGAUUCUGUUUUACGAUGCGUGCUAUUUUGCAGAUACUGCGAUGACACUCAGUCCUUCGGCAGGAAGUGUCACAGAGUUAAUUGCAUCAUGUGGAUUUCAGACAACUGCUCCGGCUGGCGACAACUCUUUCACAUGCGCGCUCAUACGGGAGUUGUCGUUGGCCGCAACGCAAGAAGCUAUAUCUGUGUCUGAAUUGUACAAUCGAAUACUUGCUCGUUUGAGAAAUAGUCGGAAUCGACAAAACAAUACAACGCCAGUUCAUUGCACCUUGAUCUCCGAUGGUGAUCGAACAUCUAUCAUGCUAGAAGAUUUACCAUUGCCCCUAGCCGCAGCGUCUUACCAAAGUUCAGCAGACGAAAAUGAUAGGACUGUCGUAUACCACAUUGGACUUGUGGGAGAGAGACAAGCAAAAAAUAGCAGCUCGAUAAUUCUAAAAUGGCUGUUGAGGGCCCCAUCUUAUAUCACCGAUAUCAAACUAAAUCGCAUCAAUGUUCAGAGGCAGGUUCCAUCUGAUGAUGGUUAUGAAUCCCAAUCGAGGCCUUCAACUCCAAAAUUAGAGAUAAAAGAAGAAGCCAUAAAGAUGGAGUGGCCGGUCGACAAUGAGCCCAAGCACAAUAGUAUCAAGAUUGAGGCUCAAUUUUAG